GGGAUGUUUGGGAUUGCUUUUUUAAGCUGAUUUUUUGAUUAUUGUGUUUUGAAAUCGCAAAAAAUAUAUUUUAAGUGUUUGGUAAAAAAAUAUUAAAAAGUGAUUUUUUGCGUUUUGUAGACAUCAAAACGUGAUAAUCCAAAAGUAGGUCACCACCUACUGCAGGAAAACGGGAUUUUCCAUCUUAUUUUAUCUCCUCAUAACUACCUCCAAAAUUUACCGCCAUAUACACUGUGGUGCCCUUGAACUCCCGGAGAAGAAGAACGAAUUACGAAAUACACCGGUAUCUCUUUCCCAUCGCCCCAACCAAACACAAGGAUGGAGAUACCAAACAAAUAUGUGAAUUCCGAUAGUGAAGAUGAGAACAAUGACUCGAAUGAGGAAGAUUGGUUAGAUGAUGAGAAACGGUUUUUACUACUAUGUGGUUUAGUCGUCAAAGGGGUGAUGGUAGUACAUAAUAUGAUGAAUAUCCCACGUAUCCCUUGUCACACUUCCUGUCGUACAGGAAAUAUUUUUAUUCAAGAAAUACUCAAUGGUCAUCCUAGACGUUGUUAUGAAGAUUUCAGGUUACAUGUUGAUGUUUUCAAGAGCUUAUGUUCGGAUCUUAGAAUGCACUACAACCUAAAGGAGACACGGGAAACUAUUCAUAGACAUUUCCAUCGUGUUUUAAGAGCGGUGCUUAAGCUUAGCGGGGACAUCAUCAUGCCUAAAGCAAACUAUAACGAUGAAGUACCUCGACAACUCUUAAACAACUCUCGGUAUUACCCCAUGUUCAAGGAUUGCAUUGGUGCUAUUGAUGGGACACAUGUUAAGGCAUCAGUUCGAGAGCAUGAACAAGCAAAAUAUAUUGGUAGAAAAGGAUAUGCAACCCAAAAUAUCAUGGCAGCAUGUGAUUUUAAUAUGUGUUUUACAUUUGCAUGGGCGGGAUGGGAAGGCACUGCACAUGACACAAGAAUAUUUUUAGAAGCAUUACGUAAGCCAGAGGUGAAAUUUCCUCGUCCAACGGGUGAUAAGUACUAUGUUGUUGAUGCCGGGUACCCAAAUACCAGAGGCUAUCUUGCUCCAUAUAAAGGAAAUGAUGUUCGUUAUCAUAUACCCGAUUUUCGUCGAGGUCAAACAGCUGCCCAACGCGCUCCGAAAGGACUAAAAGAGACAUUUAACUACUAUCACUCAUCUUUAAGAAAUGUGAUCGAAAGGACAUUUGGAGUAUGGAAGGCAAGGUGGGCAAUAUUAAAAGAUAUGCAUGUUAAUUACUCUUAUGAAACACAGGUCGACAUUGUGAUAGCAUCCAUGGCAAUUCACAACUACAUUAGGAUGAAAGGUCAUUUUGAUGAAGCAUUUAACAAAGCACAACAAGAAACUUAUCGUCCAAGUCGAGAUGUUGAAGGUGAUACAUCCAUUAGAAUUAAUGGAGCACAAGAAGACAUAACUACACGUCGUAGGCAAGACGAUGUGUAUAUGAGUUCGGUAAGAGAGAGAAUUGCAAAAAAUAUUAUGCAAUCCAUUUGA